GUAUGAAGAUGGGCCUCGUCUCCUGCUCCUUCCCAUAGCGAAGAGCCGCGGGGAGAGGAGCCGCACAGCCCCCUGCAAACACACACCCGUCCACUUUGACGGGUUUCACCUCCUGUACCGGCUGUGGACGCUGCCCUACACCUUCCUGACCAGGAUUGUCUGCGCCACUGUGUCUGUCAUCGUCCGGAGACGGAGAGCUUCCCCAGCCCGGGUUGACAAUCCCGCCGCACCAAGGGCCCUGAUGAAAAUGGACUCAGACUUGCUUCAUUCACCGGCCGUGGGCCUCGCAGAGGAAGAGGAGGCCGACAUGAAUGACUGGAAGCUUCCGCUGGCCUUCAUGAAGAAAAGACACUUGGAGAAGAUCGAAGGCUCUAAGGCUUUAGCACAGAGCUGGAGGAUGAAGGACAGGAUGAAGACCGUGAGCGUAGCUCUGGUGUUGUGCCUCAACGUUGGAGUCGAUCCUCCCGAUGUGGUCAAGACGUCCCCGUGCGCCCGCCUGGAGUGCUGGAUAGAUCCUCUGUCGAUGAGUCCACAGAAAGCCCUGGAGACCAUCGGGGCGAACCUGCAGAAGCAGUAUGAAAACUGGCAGCCCAGGGCCCGCUACAAACAGAGUCUGGACCCCACAGUGGACGAGGUGAAGAAACUGUGCACGUCACUGAGACGCAACGCAAAGGAAGAGCGGGUCCUCUUCCACUACAACGGCCACGGAGUGCCACGGCCCACCGUCAAUGGGGAAAUCUGGGUUUUCAACAAGAACUACACCCAGUACAUCCCGCUGUCCAUCUACGACCUGCAGACGUGGAUGGGGAGCCCGUCCAUUUUUGUUUACGACUGCUCCAACGCCGGAAUCAUCGUCAAGUCAUUUAAGCAGUUCGCCCUACAGAGGGAACAGGAGCUGGAGGUCGCAGCCAUCAAUCCCAGCCACCCACUCGCACAGAUGCCACUUCCUCCCUCCAUGAAGAACUGCAUCCAGCUGGCUGCCUGUGAGGCCAAUGAGCUGCUGCCUAUGAACCCUGACCUCCCUGCUGACCUCUUCACCUCCUGCCUCACCACACCCAUCAAAAUUGCUCUUCGGUGGUUCUGUAUGCAAAAGAGUGCCAAGCUGGUGCCAGGAGUGACGCUGGACCUCAUUGAGAAGAUCCCUGGCAGGCUCAACGACAGACGCACGCCCCUCGGAGAACUCAACUGGAUCUUCACCGCCAUCACCGACACCAUUGCAUGGAACGUGCUGCCCAGAGAUCUGUUCCAGAAGUUGUUUCGUCAGGACUUGCUGGUGGCCAGCUUGUUCCGUAAUUUCCUGUUAGCAGAGAGGAUAAUGAGGUCGUACAACUGUACCCCGGUCAGCAGCCCCCGCCUGCCCCCCACGUACAUGCACGCCAUGUGGCAAGCCUGGGACUUGGCUGUGGACAUCUGCCUUUCUCAGCUGCCUACCAUCAUCGAGGAGGGCACCGCCUUCAGAGUCCUCCUGAGCCAGGUGCAUCGGCUGCGAGCUCUGGACCUUCUCGGGCGGUUUCUAGAUUUGGGACCUUGGGCCGUCAGUCUGGCCUUAUCUGUUGGGAUCUUCCCGUACGUCUUAAAGCUGCUCCAGAGUUCAGCCAGAGAGUUGAGGCCGCUGCUGGUUUUUAUCUGGGCUAAAAUCUUGGCGGUGGACAGUUCGUGUCAAGCCGACUUGGUAAAGGACAACGGGCACAAGUACUUCCUGUCCGUGUUGGCCGACAGCUACAUGCCAGCUGAACAUCGAACCAUGGCGGUCUUCAUCCUAGCGGUUAUCGUCAACAGCUACAACACCGGCCAGGAAGCCUGUCUGCAGGGGAACCUGAUUGCCAUCUGCCUGGAGCAGCUGUCAGACCCCCACCCUCUGCUCCGCCAGUGGGUGGCCAUUUGCUUGGGUCGCAUCUGGCAGAACUUUGACCCGGCACGCUGGUGUGGAGUUCGAGACAGCGCGCACGAGAAGCUGUACACCCUGCUGUCGGACCCGAUUCCUGAGGUGAGGUGUGCCGCUGUUUUUGCUCUGGGAACGUUUGUGGGAAACUCAGCUGAGAGGACAGACCACUCCACCACCAUCGACCAUAACGUGGCCAUGAUGUUGGCGCAACUCCUCAACGAUGGCAGUCCGGUGGUCCGAAAGGAGCUGGUGGUGGCGUUGAGUCAUCUGGUGGUCCAGUACGAGAGCAACUUCUGCACCGUCGCCCUCCAGUUCAUAGAGGAGGAGAAGAACUAUGCCGUUCCUUCUCCGGCCAACACUGCUGAACCCGGAAACCUGACUCCUGUGAGAGACAGCCCAGCAAUCCCUCGCCUGCGAUCCGUCAACUCCUACACCAACAUUCGCACUGCCACCACCGCCCGCAACCUGAACAAAAGCCUGCAGAACCUCAACGUCAACGAAGAGGGUGGACCAGCAGCCUUCUCCCCUGGAAACCUGAGCACCAGCAGUAGCGCCAGCAGCACGUUGGGGAGCCCCGACAAUGACGAGUACAUCCUCUCCUUUGAAACCAUCGACAAGAUGCGACGAGUUUCGUCUUAUUCCUCCCUCAACUCCCUUAUAGGUGUGUCCUUCAACAGUGUUUACACUCAGAUCUGGAGAGUUCUCCUACAUCUGGCUGCAGAUCCUUUCCCAGAGGUUUCAGAUUUGGCCAUGAAGGUCCUCAACAGCAUCGCUUACAAGGCAACGAUGAACGCCAGACCUCAGAGGAUUCUGGAUUCGGGGUCGCUCACGCAGUCGGCGCCGGCCAGCCCCACCAGUAAGGGCACGCAUAUCCACCAGGCAGGCGGCUCUCCACCCAUGCCGAGCACCAGCAGCUCCAGUCUGACCAAUGAAGUUCCUAAACCUCCAGCCAGAGAGCAGCCAGCAACACGCCCCCCUUACACCCCAACACUAGGGGGGCAAGCGCCGCACUCACACCAGUUCCCCCGAACUCGUAAAAUGUUUGAUAAGGGACCAGAACAGGCUGCUGAAGACGGCGAAGAGUCGGCCGUUCACAGGAACUACAUCAGCGCCGCCCUGCAGACGGGACUGUGUGAUUGGAGCGCCAAGUAUUUCGCUCAACCUGUCAUGAAGAUCCCAGAGGAGCACGAUUUGGAGAGUCAGGUGAGGAUGGAGCGACAGUGGAGGUUCCUGAGGAACGCUCGAGUCAGACGUCAGAGUCGGGUCAUCACACAGCGAGGCAUUUCUCGUCUGGAUGAUCAAAUAUUCAUCAACCGGAACCCUGGCGUUCCGUCGGUAGUGAAGUUUCACCCCUUCAACACCUGCAUCGCCGUGGCGGACAAAGACAGCAUCUGCUUCUGGGACUGGGAGAAGGGUGAGAGGCUGGAUUACUUCUACAAUGGAAACCCUCGUUACACACGAAUCACAGCCAUGGAGUACCUGAACGGACACGACUGUUCGCUACUGCUCACUGCUACAGACGACGGAGCGCUGCGUGUGUGGAAGAACUUUGCAGACCAGAAGAACCCAGAGAUGGUGACGGCGUGGCAGGGCCUCUCUGAUAUGCUGCCCACUACUAGAGGAGCAGGGAUGGUCGUGGACUGGGAGCAGGACACUGGUCUGCUCAUGACAUCUGGAGAUGUUCGAAUCGUUCGGAUCUGGGACACCGACAGAGAGAUGAAAGUCCAGGACAUCCCGACUGGAGCCGACAGCUGUGUGACCAGUUUGUCCUGCGAUUCCCAGCGAUCGCUCAUCGUAGCGGGUCUGGGUGACGGAUCCGUGCGGGUCUUCGAUCGCAGGAUGGGUCCCAACGAAUGCCGUGUGAUGACCUACAGGGAACACGGAGCCUGGGUGGUGAAGGUUCACCUGCAGAAGGAGACAGGAGGAAACAUCAUCAGCGUCAGCGUUAACGGAGACGUUCGGUUCUUUGAGCCUCGAUCACCGGACUCCAUUAACGUGUUGCAGACCGUAAAGGGAUUAACGGCCUUGGACAUCCACCCGCAGGACAACCUCUUUGCCUGCGGAUCCAUGAACCAGUUCAUAGCCGUCUACAACGCUAAUGGUGAUGUCAUCAGCAACAUCAAGUACUACGACGGCUUUAUGGGACAAAGGAUCGGGGCCAUCAGCUGUUUGGCCUUCCAUCCUCACUGGCCCCACUUGGCAGUAGGCAGCAAUGACUACUACAUGUCCAUCUAUUCAGCAGAGAAGAGGCUCAGAUAACACCAGCACCCCCUCCUCCACUCAUGACCUCUGACCCCGAGCCUCGAGCACCAGGACGUAGAUGACAUUUUUCUUGUACAGAACCAUUUCUCCCCGUGAAUGUUCAAGUGAUGGCUGCUGACACAAACUUGUGCUACAAGUGACUCUAUACAUACGUAUAAAUAUAUAUAUAUUAGUAUUAUUGUUUAUUCUUAUCAUGAAGCUAAUGAUUGUCCAGUUGGCUGUGCUGAGGAGUCUGUAUAUUUAAAACUUAGCAGAAGAAGAAGAAGAGGAUCUAUUUUAAAGGAUCGGUUCCUCCUGCCUGAAGAGCGAGCAUCACUACCUGAAUGAACGUUGACCUCGGCUAUGCGAGGCUGUAGAGAGGUCACACUCUGUUAGGAAACACAGGACCCACACACACAUUACUUCAGCCGCAGCCAAAGGAUGCAGAGUUUUUGAUCCUCAUCAGGACCGACUCGGAUGUGGUGGAUUGUUCAUCUGUGUGUGUGUGUGUGUGUGUGUUUGCGUGUGUGUAGUUGUAGGUGUAGGGGUGUGUGUAGGUGUGGUUAUAGCACAGAUGUGCCCCACUGUGGGCCCUCAGCCUUUAUGAAUGCCCUACAGAGCAGCCUGCUCCCAAAUGAAAGAACUUCCUGCUUUUCUGACCCCAGUGUGCCAAAACACUAUUACCAUUAUCAUCAUCAUCUGUGGCUCAGAGGUGUUUUUGUUGAUUUUUUUUCUGUUUGAAAUGACGAAAAACCUGCAUAAAACCUCCUAAAGCAGAUGAGUGAAAAUAAUCCUGGAGGCUGACACACACACAUGCACACACCUGUCCUGUAGAGCAAUAAGGUCCUCAUGCUAUUUCACAACAACACUCACACUUGUUUCUCUUCACACUAAUCUGACUCCGCUCUGGAUCUUUUCUCUCUUCUGCUUCCAUCACACAGAGUUCUAAUGAGCCGUUUUUAUUGUUUUCGUUUGUGUUAAGGUUUUAUUGCAGCCUCCUUAGUUUUGGUCGUGUUCUGCAUGUUAAAGGAGACUCACCGGUUCACCAGUAAAUCCUUGUGUCAGAUCUUUGAUUUCACUCAGGUAACUCCAGGUCCGCCUCACACACAGAGCAGCUGAUCGUCGCCGUGGCGACAUUAUCGUUCAGGCUCUGAGGUUAGUUUCCGUGCUGCAUCACCACCCGCGUGCCUCUUUUCCAGAGCUGCAGCUUUGCCUUCCUAACUUCUUCUUUUGCCCUUUUUCUAAUUUAUGGUUUUAAUUCUUAUUUUAUUUUUUGCCUGUUUUCUUGCUACUCACCCAAACCGCUGCCCCGCCCCUCUGAGUCACAUGACCACAGCUUUCAGUGGAGUCAGGAAAACCCUGCUGCACAGCAUGUUCAGAACAUCAUUGGAUCUGCCCCCCAAAAAAGAACAAACCUCAGCUCAGAAUCCUGUUCGUCUCAAACUAUUCAGCUUUGAGUUUUAAGAUUUUAGAUUUGAAGAAAAAGAGACUAACUCAUUAGUGGAAAACCAAAACAAUCAGGUUUGUCUCCAAGACUAGACGACUUUGCUGACUGGCUUAUAAACAAACAGGAGGUGAAAUCAGUGAAAUAAACCAAAUACAACCUGA